CAAGGUGUUGCGACCGCCACUGACAUCUUGUCUGAUCUUCAAACUGCAGGCACUCUAAUUCUGACCUUAGUCUCUCGUUGGCAAUGCGCUUUUACGCCUCGUUUUCGCUGGCCCUUGGGCUUGUGGCUGCUAGCCCUUGCAAGCCACCGUCUUCCACCGUUGUGUCAGAGGCUAUUCCAUCAUCUGUUGCGACCGACAUCUCGAGUACGCUCAUCGAGUCUGCUUCUUCCACGAUUGACUCCAUCGCGACGACUACUGAGACCGAUGUCGUUGAAACCUCGACCUCGGCCGAGUCCUCUGUAGUCGAGACUUCGACUGCAAUUGGCUCGACGAGCACCGACUACACCGAAGUCAGCGUCUCAACAACUGAGUCUUUACCCGAGCCGACCUCUACUGGUACGACUUCUGAAGCCACUGCUCCAAUCGAUACGACUACAGCCCUCACAACAGCGGCUUCAUUCGUUGAAACAACUACAGCUGUCGCUACCACCACCACUUCCGAGGCAGUUCCAACAGGUUUUUUCCUCGUCGCGGGUGACGGUCCAGCUCUAGGAGACAAAGUCAAGUCCAACGGCGACAGUUUCACUCCCAUGGUCUUCGGCGACCGUGGCUCGAGUUUCAACCCCGUUCGCUUCCUAGUUGACGAAACCACCGGCGAGCUCCAACAGGACGGCGUGACCGUCUGUGCAUUCUAUCAAGUCGGGCUCCCUUACGCCAUGAUUACGCGGUGCGAUAACGACAGUCUCUACUACGGCAGUGUCCCUCUCAACUGUGCAUCAUUUGGGGCUCCUGGCACUUCUAUCAGCUGCAGUGCUGUGAAAUUGGACUGUCAGACAACUGGACCGGGUUCCUCUCAGGCGUGUACAAGAUCACAGGAUUCCGAUUGGGACACGUUCUAUAUCACUACCAGUGGUGAUUAUGUCUGGUAUCUUAGCUCGGGGACGUUGCAGAACGACUUCAUGACCAGGGUUGAAGUGUUUGUUGAUCAUGUUGAGGUCAGCCCUCCGGUACAAACAUAAUCAACAGUCCCGUCAUUUGGUGCUGUGGUCAUGCAGGCAUAAAUGGGUGUAUACCAUCAGCCUCACUUUCAACUACCUGACGAUGCCCCACUCUUUGACCUUAUCAUCUAAAUCCAACUUCAGCCAGCAUAGUUGCUUUUUGGGGGGUUAGCUGAACUACGAUUAUGGCUAGAGCAGCCGCUCUGCCACGCACAGAGAUUUAACAUGGCUAAGCUGUCCGAGAAUUUAUAGCAGAUCUAUCUAAUAAAUAAACAUAACUAUUCAAGCCAAAC